AUUUCAGUUAAUGUGUUUUAUGUUGUUUGGUCUGAUAAAUCUGUUAUAUUAGCGAUCGAGAGGCGUUGGGCAGUUACCUGGGAAACAGACGCUAAGUUUAUUACCAGUAGUGUUGCCAGAUUUUUUUUUUUUUGCGAGUUUUGUUCUUUUUGCUAAUUUGUAUAUAAUAUAUGAUAUCUGUAUGCCUUUAUUGAAAACGUUUUUUUUGCUAUUUAAACUCUUCAUGUCCAGGUGGACGGAGUCUGUUAAAUUGUAGGUGUUAUAUGGUAGUGCAUAUAAGCACAUACAAUAAACUGUACUGUUUUAUAAAGCAGUGGAAAUAAAUAAUAGGCAUUUGCUGUACCAAACAAAUUCGUUUUUUUGCUUUUUUGUUUUAAAGCCUCGAAACCGUUAUUAAACCAAUGUUUAGGUUAGUUGCAAAUGCUCUGUUACUUCUAGGCAAUUUAUUAUUUAAAUUUCAGAGAUUUAUUAUGGUGAAUAUUCGGGAUUAAAUGAGAAUGGUUUGUCUGGAGCUUUUUAGAGCUAUCUGGCAACCCUGAGUUGCCAGCAGCCUGAGCUAGCGUUAGCAUGCUGAGUGUAAACUCAGCGACUCUGCCAACUGACAGACAGACAGACAGACAGGUAGACAGCUGUUGCGGUAAUGAGUCGUGUGUGUAAGAAAGCGGCGUCUCGCUGCACGGACGAUCCCCUGGCUGUACCUGAGCUCUGGCAGAAGUUCGCCGUACUGCGGCUGAUGCUCUCCUCCUGCUAUGGUCCACGCGGCAGGUUCAAACAAAUUCACAACAAUGUGGGAGGACACGUUCUGACCACCUCUACCUCCUCAGUGUUACUCAGAGCGCUGACCUUCUCAGAGGAUCUUCUGAAACUCGUAGCCGGGGCGGUUAUUAACCACGCGGCACGGCUCGGAGACUGCGGACUGUUCACGGGAAUCGUCUGCAUUAACCUGGUUCAAAAUGCCAGGGGGAUGAACCUCAGCGCUGCUCUGGCAACCCGGGUGUACAGGCACCUGUUAGCAGAGUGCAGGAGGUACCUCAGGUCGGAGAGCUGCGGCUGCAGGGUGGAGGUGGACUUCAGCAACGUCCAGACGCUCAUAACUUUAGCCAGAACUGUGAUCUCCAGCAAGAGGGUCUGCAUGCUGACGCCUGAAGAGCUUCAGCACAUCAGCUCUGUAACAGUGCAGGCUUUCCUCCUGUCUGUCCCGUCAGCUCCAUCAGACUCAUCACACUCAUCAGCUCCAUCAGGUCCAUCAGAAUCAUCAGAAUCACCAGGCAGAAGAUGCUUUGGUAGGACAGUGACCAUACCGUUGGAAGGUCUGCCGGUGGGCGACUCGGCGGUUUUCCCCGGCUUGUUGCUGGACCUGCCGGUCCUACAGUCUGGAGAUCUCCAGAGGUUGGGUCCCGCUCCCUAUAAGAUCGCCCUGUUCAACAUGUCGCUGUCCGGAGAUCUCUCAGACAUGGAAGAUGCAGCGCUGGAGAUCCACGCAGGACUAAACCCAGACCAGGUUCUGCUGGACCAGCUGCUGAAGCUUGGAGAGCAGGUGGUCAGGGAUGGUGUGGUUCUGUUCGUAUGUCAGAGAGUGAUCCACCCGGUGCUGCAGCAGUACCUGAGGGAACGUGGGCUUCUGGUGAUCGAGAGGCUUGGAGCUGCUCUCGUGGAGCCGCUGGCUCAGAUGACGGGAACCACAAUGAUCUCGUCUAUCUACUCUCCGAUCCCGGCCCAAGCGUACGGCCUGGUUGGAGGACUCCGCCUCCAUCACAGAGCAUCUAAAGAGCUUCUCCAGCUCCUUCCUUCUGGAGAUCCAGCCCUGAGCACCGUGCUGCUCUGCCACAGGAACCAGACCAUGCUGGAGGAGCUGAAGGUGAUGUGUGAGAGGGCGGAGCAUGUGCUGAGACUGACACUGAAGGAGCCGUAUGCUUUGUUAGGAGGAGGCUGUACUGAAACUCUGCUGUCUGCUUACAUUCGCUACACGACUGAGAGUAGAGCAGCUGAAGUAGCUGCAGAUCUGAGCUGCUCCCUCUCGGAGGUUCUGCUCGGUACCGAGUCAUUCUGCCGUGCUCUGCUCUCUGUAGCUGGAUCUCUGGAGCGUGAGGAUCCUCCUCUCCUCAUGGACCUGACCUUCGCUCACUGCUGGAACUCCCGGACCAGCGAUCAGCUCUGCUGCAGCUGUGGGCUGAUCAUGAACAGUUCAGGACUGGAGCAGAACCCGAUAAACACCGAGCAUCAAGCCUUCCUCCCAGAACUUCCUCAGAAACCGGACCUCCACCCAACACUGCUGCUGGACUCCUUCAGUGCCAAGAUCAGCGCUCUGAGCGUAGCUGUGGAGGUGGCCUGCCUCCUGCUGGAUGUGAAAUACACCAUCAAAGACGUGAAUUAAGUUACUUUUUACGUAAUAAGAAUCGUAAUUGUAAUUAAGUAAUUGUGUAUAGUAGUGUUAAUCUCUAUCCGGACGAGAUUAGUUUCUGUGAAAAAUAUUUCACACUUCUACUCAGUGAUAAAACUCCUGCAUCCGGACUGCAAUUUAGAAAAAAGGAGGUCCAGUGAGUUUUUUGGUGUUCAGUAGCUCCUCCAUUUCCACUCACUGUUGUGUUUUUAACGUGGAUCUCCAUGGAAAUGCGUGUCCAAAGAGUAAUUACGGUGCGCGGAAGUGGAAAUAGCUAUUUUAUUAAACGCGAGGAGACGAAACUCAAGAGAUGUGCAUCCGGGCGGGACUAAAAUUACCGGAGGAACACGGAGUUCAGAGUAAAACAGUAGAUAAUUCAGCCUGUAAUUUUCUGAGAAAAAAACGUACAUGGUCCUUCCGGACAGGAAUAAAAUCACAGAGGAUAAUAAACUCCCUAUAAAGAAAAAUUUACAACAGAAACAGCUGAGAAACUAAUCCCAUCCUGAUAGGGUUUAAGUGUCAGUAAUGUAAAGAUAUUUUGUAAUAAUUUGUAAUUUAUUAGUUAUUUAUAUAGCACUUUUCACAUACCAAAGCUUACUUGCAGGACCAUCACAAACAUUAAUACACAUAAUUUCCUAUUAAAAAAACAAUUGUUUAACCUCCUAAGACCCAAACUCUUGCAUUGCAUGCAUUUCUUAUGUCUCUUUGCUAUUCGAUUAGUGUAAAAACAAAGAAUUAUCUUUUUACAUUAUGUAGUUUCUUUAAAUAAAUUAUGUCCACAUAUGAGGACUUGAGGUUAAUAUUUUGAUAAAACACACUGGAGUCACAAUUAAUAAUGAUUAGCCUGAGUGCAAAACAAAAGUAGUAACAACAAUUGUGCCUCUUUGAUCAAUACGGCUCAUUUGAAGUGCUGCUUCAACACGAAGACACAGCAAAGUAAAAAACAUAAACAUUUACUGUAUUCUGUAUACUGUAUACUGUUCAUUUAAAUUUCUGAACAAAACUGAAACUGGGACGUGUUAAACUCUUCUGCCACUACUAGGUGACAGUAUAAUGGCCUCAUACGAGGACACCAGGCCCUAGUAGAGCAAAAUUCUGUCGCAAAAUGUGAUGUCCGCACGUGUGGACGGCAGGUCCUAGGAGGUUAAAAUGAACAUAUCAUAGCUCUUUUUACAAAAGUUAAAAUACUGUAGGUCUGUGGUCUAUACAAAACAUGUUCUGUAAAAAAAGGAAGUUCUUUGCAAAAAUAAUGACUCUCACAUAAAGAUAAAGAUCUUACCAGCUCUAUUUUUUUUUACCAGUUCUGUCACUUUUAUGCAGAUCAGUUGUUGCUGGACAUAGCAAGUUUACCCUGACCUUGUACUAAAUGGUAAAACAAAACACGAAUAUUUAUGCUUAACUGUGAUUAAAGCACAAAACUUAUUA